GGGUCUGGAGGAUCCCUAUGAGGAGUGGCUGAGGCCGCUAAACCCAUCCAUCCAGGAGAAGAUGAGACUGAGGUGCACCUGUGACCCCGAGCCAUGUCCUGCUGCAAGCCCUGCGACCCUUGCUGCCAGCCCUGCGGCCCCUGCCCGCUGGCCAACAGCUGCAAUGAGUGCUGUGUCAGGCAGUGCCAGAGCUCCCACGUUGCCAUUGAGCCGCCUGCUGUGCUGGUGACCCUGCCCGGGCCCAUCCUCAGCUCCUUCCCACAGAACACCGUGGUGGGAUCCUCCACCUCUGCUGCUGUUGGCAACAUCCUCAGCUGUGGCGGAGUGCCCAUCAGCUCUGGGGGCUUUGACCUCUCCUGCAUCACCAACUGCUAUGGUGGCAGCAGAUGUCGUCCCUGCUAAAGCUGCUGGCAAUGUCUUUCAGCAAGAACGUCCAAGACUUCAAAGCACGGUUUUGGGCAGGAGAUAGAGCUUCAGAAAAUUGUAUUCACAGCCUUGGACCAUCGCUUCCUUGUUCUACUCUCCUCUCCUUUUCUGUCCUUCUCUUCCCAAGGCUAAUAUGGACUUGUUGUCCUUCCUUCCUCCGCGGAGCAGUGCAAAGAGCAGCACAUGGGAGCUCCAUCUUAGUGGCGGCUCCUGGUGCUCUCUGUGAGCCAUCUCCUUUUCUUCUUUAAACUUAUUAAAACUGUGUUGCAUUCAAGCCUUGACCUCUGAGUCGUCUAUUGUUCUGGGCCAACUCCUCCAGUCUGCUCAGGAAAAAAGUGGAGACAUAAAAUGCCUGGGGCUCGCUGCAGUGGAUUUUACUUGGUGCCCUGUUCCCUUGGAGCUGGUGAAGAACAUCCCUGGCUCCUCAGCAGCCAAAGGCCACGAUGGAGACUUUGGCUCCAAAGGAGUGGCAAUGGGAAACAACAACAAUUAGGGACAGCCCACAACUCAUCUCUUCCUA